CGUUUGUCUCAUGUUGUGCCUGAUCGUAAGUCUUAUGUUAAAUUGAAAAUAUAUUUAGUUAAUGUGUUAACUGAUCCCAAAUACUCACCUGUUAAUGAUGAUUAGGAUUAUCUAUCUAAUGUGUUUUUUUUAUUAUUAUCAACUCUGCUUUGCUUCAUGUAAAACUUGUGAUCUUACAACUGUUUACCUUCUGCAGGAAUUUUCAAUGCUUCCAUCCAUCUUACUCACUUUUAAGAUUUAUCUAAUGUGUUGCAGAAUUGAUCUAUGAAGAUAAUAAGUACUCUUUAUUCUACAAAUUCAACAAGAAAACCUUGAUUUGGCCUUUAAACUUCUGUUUGAUAUACAAUUUUCUUGCACUUUACCUUUGUAAUAUGCUAUUAACUUUAUGAAAAGAAAAGACAUGCAAGCUAUACGACUAUGUACAAACUUCCAACCAAUGUAUCAGAAAGGACUUAUUUAGUGGUCCUAUUUCUAUAAUUCUAUUAGAAUGCAGUCAUGAUGAACCAAGAGACAGUUGUCUUAUAUCAUAGGUAAAUGAGUUCCAAAAAACUUGUUAGAAUUGGAAAGUGCCUUUUUUCUAGACGUUUGCAUAGCUUUUGCACUUUUAAUAUCAUUACACUGAUGUUUCUGUUCUAUUCUGCAUAGAUAUACUGCCUUGAUUACCAAAUGAUUAAUCCUUUGAUUAGUGUUUUCAUAAUCUUACCUGCUUUUUUAGGGUUCGAUGCAACACCACAAAAGUGUAAUUGAGUAUUUCAAUAAGAAAUGAGUUUUUUCAAUAUUUCUUUUCAGAAGAAACCUACUAUGCCGUUUAGUUUCAAUACUUGCUAUACUCAUGAUCGGAAUGUGAAACAACUAAAUGGGACUCAUAAAGCUCAUGUGCAUUCCAAGGAUGAGACUAUCAUACUUUCAUAAUACGCAGGCUGAUGUACUUGCAAAAUAUAAUCCCACAAUCGAUGUAACAUCAUCGAUUGCUGAACUAAAGCCGGCAGAUAAAUUGGGUACUGAUUCUUUGGACUAUUUUAAGUGCUCCCAUCAUGUUCUCGUAUACUACGAGGAUCUUGUCAACAACUUGAUUAAGCUGAUGGAUGUUUGGGAUUUCUUGAAGUUACUCAAGCAGAAGUUUUUCAGCUGCCACGUGAAAAUUUACAAGAAGCCAUUAUCUGAUCAGAUUGAGAACUGGGGUUCUGUUUACACUGCACUAAAGGGAACACAGUAGGAGGUUUUCCUAGACACUGACUACCAAUUGUAGUAAGAGAUUAUAACCGAAUUUGUAUAUAAGGUUUCUUGUUAUUUUUCUUUCACUUUAACGGCAGUGUUCACAUCCAGCAAUCUGUUGGGCAAGUUUUGAUCCUCUUAUUCUAAUAGAUUCCAAGAAUUAUGUGAUUCA